AAGCGCCACGCUGCAGGGCUGCGUUCUUGCGCCUAUAAAUACAUCGCAUUGCAAGGAAGGAGCAUUGAGGAGGGUAAGGGCGCGAGAGGGAUUUGCUAAAUACAAGGAAUGGGAGCAGAAUCCUUGCAGGGUAACGGGGAGGCUCGCUUUCUGCCUCCAUCUGCUCCUCUCAUAUUGGGGCUCCAACCGGCUGCCCUUAUCGACCAUGUGACCCACGUCGAUUUGUCCUUGCUCGAUCAAAUCCCCGGUGAGCGUGGAGGCUCCAUUCCGGUAGGAGUUGAGGAGCUUGAGCAUAUAUUAGGUGAGCUCAAAAAGCACAUCCUCUCUACCCCUGGGGAUUCAUCUCCUAUGAAGACCAUGGCGGGGGGAAGUGUUGCCAAUACUAUUCGAGGACUUAGUGUGGGCUUUGGGGUCGCCACUGGUAUGAUUGGGGCUUAUGGGAAUAAUAAGGAAGGCCAGUUAUUUGUCAGGAAUAUGAGCAUUAGUCGGGUGGACAUUUCAAGAUUGAGGAUGAAGGAGGGACCAACAGGCCAGUGUGUUUGCCUGGUCGAUGCAUUGGGCAAUCGUACAAUGCGGCCAUGUCUGUCAAAUGCUGUAAAAGUUCAGGCCAAUGAAUUAACCAGAGAGGACUUCAAUGGCUCUAAGUGGUUGGUAUUGAGAUAUGCUAAAUUCAAUUUGGAAGUUAUUCAAGCAGCAAUAAGGAUUGCCAAACAAGAGGGCCUUUCUAUAUCAUUGGAUUUGGCUAGCUUUGAGAUGGUUCGGAAUUUUAGAUUGCCUCUUCUUCAGUUACUGGAAUCAGGGGAUAUAGAUCUAUGCUUUGCCAAUGAGGAUGAAGCAACAGAGCUUCUAAGGGGUGAACAGAAUGCUGACCCUGAGGCUGCACUGGAAUUUCUAGCCAAACACUGCCGGUGGGCUGUGGUGACAUUAGGGGCCAAUGGUUGCAUUGCAAAACAUGGAACAGAGGUAGUCCGAGUUCCAGCUAUAGGGGAGGCAAGGCCAGUUGAUGCCACUGGAGCUGGGGACCUGUUUGCCUGUGGUUUUCUGUACGGAUUAGUCAAGGGAUUAUCUCUAGAGGAAUGUUGUGAGGUGGGUUCAUGUACCGGUGGAUCUGUUAUUCGUUCUCUUGGGGGUGAGGUGACCCCCGAGAAUUGGGAAUGGAUGUACGAGCAGAUGCAGGUCAAGGGACUUCAGGUUUCUGAUAUCUGGAACUGAUUUCUCCUGCUUUGCAGCGAGUGUUUUAACAUCUAUUGCUCUCAUUCAUCAAGGAAGGGGCAGCUUUGUUGCAUUUUGGGGCCAGAGUGACUUUUGUUUUGUACACGACCACCAAUAUCACUAUGGAAACAUGAACAUCUGCUGUGCUAGCAACUAAAUUUAUUCUUUAGAAACACCCGUCUUAAGGCUUGAAUGUCUUAGAAUGUGUUGCCAUUGGCAAAAACCUCAAGUUGUCUUAAAAUUUUUCAAUAUGAAACUCUGAGGAGACAGCAUUUGUU